AUGCCAGUCCCAGAAAAUCUGAAAGAUCUCAAAGACGUCCUACGUCCAGAUUUUCACUUCGGUUACGCCACCGCUGCGCCGCAAGUGGAAGGCGCGUGGAAUGUCGACGGCAAAGGAAUAUCUAUUUGGGACAAGUUCGGCCACACACCUGGAAAAGUAAAAGAUUCGAGUACCUGCGACGAUGCUGUUCUCUCUUACUACAAAACUGCCGAGGAUGUCGCCCUCAUGAAGUCUUACGGUGUGACAGGAUAUCGGUUUUCGCUUUCGUGGUCGCGGAUUAUCCCUCUAGGAGGAAAGGAUGAUCCAGUCAAUGAAAAGGGAUUGAAAUAUUACAGUGAGCUUGUUGAUGAAUUGCUGAAAAAUGGAAUUAUACCCUUUGUGACUCUCUUUCACUGGGAUAUCCCUCAAGCAUUGGAGGAUAGAUAUGGUGGUAUGUUGAAUAAGGAGAAGUAUACUCCUGAUUUCGCGAGGUAUGCAAGGGUCUGUUUUGAAGCUUUAGGUGAUAGGGUUAAGAAUUGGAUUACCUAUAAUGAGCCAGGUGUCUACACAUUAGCGGGAUAUGCAGCUGGUGUACAUGCGCCUGGACGGUCAUCAAAUCGAGAGUUGAAUGAGGAGGGAGACUCGAGCACCGAGCCGUUUACCGUUGGCCAUACGGAAUUGGUAAGCCAUGCUCAUGUGGUGAAGAUGUAUCGGGAGGAAUUUAAGGAAAAGCAGGGUGGAACUAUCAUGAUCACUUUACAUGGAAAUAACUCGGAACCAUGGGACGAGGAGGAUCCGUUGGAUGUGGAAGCCGCAGAAAGAGCGAGAGAAUUUGAGAUUGCGUGGUUUGCAGAUCCGGUAUAUAAGACAGGUGAUUAUCCGGCUAGUAUGCGUGCGCAACUCGGGGAUCGAUUGCCAAAAUUCACGGAAGAGGAAUCAAAAUUGGUUUUGGGUAGUUCGGAUUUCUAUGGAAUGAAUAGCUAUACGACCUUCUUUGUGAAACAUCGAGACGGCCCGGCCGAUAUCAACGAUCAUUCGGGAAACAUCGAUAAGCUGGAUACUAAUUCGAAAGGAGUGGUGAGAGGACCUGAGAGUGAUACUUAUUGGUUGAGAACAUGUCCGGAUGGAUUCCGGAAGCUCUUGAAUUGGAUCUGGGCUCGAUAUGGCGUUCCCAUCUUCAUAACCGAGAAUGGAACUACUGCGAAGGGUGAAACAGCACCGACUGAAGAAGUUUUAAAUGACAAGUUCCGAAUUGAUUUUUUUGAGGGAUAUAUUGGUGCACUAGCAAGAGCUGUGAAAGAAGAUGGAGUAGACAUCAGAUCUUACUUUGCAUGGACUUUUACGGAUAACUGGGAGUGGGCUGCAGGAUUUACUGAUAGAUUUGGAGUAACUUUCAUAGAUUUUGAGUCGAAAGGAAAGAAAAGAUACCCAAAGAAGUCCGCAACUGUUAUCAAGGAACUCUUUACCUAUAUGAUUGAAGGAAAAUAA